AUGGGUUCUUCGUUGGACCCUCUCCUCCUCCUGUGGCUGCAAGCUCUGGUGCUCCUCGUGCCGCAGCUCGCCGCCGCUCUCUCGCCGAGAUUCGCUUCCAUGGUGCUGCCCCUGAGAACCCAGCAGAUCCCUCCGGGUUCCCUCCCGCGGCCGCCAAGCAAGCUCUAUUUCCACCACAACGUCAGUCUCACCGUGCCUCUCACGAUCGGCAACCCGCCGCAGAACGUGUCCAUGGUGCUCGACACCGGCAGCGAGCUCUCCUGGCUCCGGUGCUCCGCCGCCCGCUCGGGUACCCCUUCCGCGCCGUCGUUCCGGCCGCUAAUCUCCUCCUCGUACAGGGGUAUCCCCUGCUCCGCCGCCGCCUGCCGGGACCACACUCGCGACCUCCACUCGCCGCCCUUCUGCAACCCGGCCAACAAGCUCUGCCGCGUGUCCGUCUCCUACGCCGACGGCUCCUCCGCGGACGGCGACCUCUCCUCCGACGUGCUCCGCGUGGGACAGUCACCGCCGCUCCGCGCGCUCUUCAGCUGUGUCGACUCCCCGUUCAGCUCCUCCGGCGAGGACGCCGUCACCGCCGGGCUUCUGGGCAUGAACAGGGGCUCCCUCUCCUUCAUCUCCCAGAUGGGCACCCGUAGGUUCUCCUACUGCAUCUCCGACCGGGACUCCACCGGCUUGCUCCUCCUCGGCGGCGACUCCGCCGCCCUCCCCUUCCCGGUCCCCCUCAACUACACCCCUCUGAUCCAGAUCUCCCUCCCUCUCCCCUACUUCGACCGGGUGGCCUACUCCGUCCAGCUCGAGGGCAUCCGCGUCGGCGCCGCCGUCCUCCCCAUCCCCAAGUCCGUGCUCGAGCCGGAUCACACCGGCGCCGGGCAGACCAUGGUCGACUCCGGCAGCCAGUUCACCUUCCUCCUCGGCCCCGCCUACUCCGCGCUCAAGGCCGAGUUCCUCAGGCAGACCAGGGGCCUCCUCGCGCAGCUCAAGGAGCCCUCCUUCGUCUUCCAGGGGGCCUUCGACACCUGCUUCCGGGUUCCCGUGGGGAGGGCGGCGCCGCCCUGGUCGGGCCUCCCCGCGGUGGCGCUGAUGUUCCGUGGCGGAGCUGAGGUCGCCGUGGCCGGCGAGCGCCUCCUCUACCGCGCGCCGGGGGAGUCCCGCCGCGGAGGCGCAGAGGCCGUCUGGUGCCUCACCUUCGGCAACUCUGACCUGGUCCCCGUCGAGGCCUUCAUCAUCGGCCACCACCACCAGCAGAACGUCUGGGUGGAGUACGACCUCGAUCUGGCCCGACUCGGCUUCGCCCCGGUCCGCUGCGACGUCGCGAGCCAGCGACUCGGCCGAUUCCUCUGA